AUGCCGUUUUCCUUCACGAUACGAGUUAAAUUAAAUGCUCACAUAGAAAGACCAUUGGAAAUAUACGACGUCAAAAUUGAAUACAAAUCGUCUAACGAAACAGUAUUCAACGAAUUUUCAAUAACUUUGGACAAAAUAAACAAUUAUAUCGCGAAAGAUUUAAUUAAUUCAGAGCCAAAAAUAAAUACAAAUUUAAUUAAUGCAAAUAAGUAUACUGAAAUAGCACCUUUUAUACCAAGAUAUCGCAAUAACGAUGAAAUAAAGCACGAAUUAGAUAAUUUUGUACUUCAACGAAAAAAAUCGCAUCUAACCACUGUUGGAUUUAAUUUUAAAAUACCAAUUGCAAAUCCAGAAUACGCUUUUGUUAAAAAUAAAGAAGAGAAGAGGGAUAUAAAAGAAAUGAAUAGACUUACAGAUAGAAAAGACUUAAAUGAGAAUUUUGCGAAAAAGUAUAUUCGCGAAUUGGAAACCAACAAAAUUAGUCAAGAAGUGAAUUUAAAUAUCUUUCAACGUCCAGAAAUAGAAGAAGUGUUGAAAAAGCAGAACUUUUUGGUUAAUAGAAUAAUGAAUUUGUUGAAAGAAGAAAAGAAAACGCUGAGGACAAACUUCAAUACACUGUUAGAGGAAAUGGAUAAACUGAAGAAUGGAAACGUUACUCACAAACAGGAGGUGAUUCAAGGUUCCACGAAACCAGCAACAGUUGUAAAUAUAGAUGAGACAAUGGUCAGAGAAGCACUCAAAAAAGAUCCCUUCGUGAGAAGAGUUUUGCAGAUGGGGAAGAGUAAGAGAGACGCUUAUAAAAGGGAAGCUAAAGUUUUCAAUAAAGGAUAG